GGCGCUCUCAAGUACUUUCCCUAAUAGGCCUAAGGGCUCUAUAAAGGUACGUAGUCUACGUACGUAGUACAGUCACUUACAGGUACCUACGUAGCUAGAUAGCUAGCUAUAAUAUAGAUGUCAGGUUGCUGGUCAGCCUGAAAUGGCAGCUGGUCUGUACAGUAGAUAAUUUAGUUUAGAUCUAGCUGUAGCUAUCCUUGCACGUCUACUCUAAAAUACUCUGAUAGAUCUACAAUGUCUUCUAAAAUGUAUCUUGAAGAUCUCUUUGGAGUUGGAGAUACUGAAAAGUACCAGCACUAUAUUUGUCCAGGUUGUAAUGACAUUUUGAAGGAUGCUGUGCAGACCAACUGUGGGCAUUUUCUCUGCGAAGACUGUGCUGGACUGUUAUUCUACACACACAAAGAGGCAACACGGUGUCCACAGAAUGGCUGCAGGCAAAUAUUGCUCGGAAGUGAUGGAACUAAGUAUUUUCCUGACAAACAUUUGCGUAGAGAGAUAGACGAACUGCAAGUGACAUGCUGUAUACAUGGAUGUGAUUGGAAUGGGUGCUACAAAGAUUACACAUCUCAUCAUCCAAAGCAUCCACCUGCAGUUUGGGAGUCGGUGUCCAAAAGGAGAGCCUCACAUGUUCUGAUCCCCAUACAAGAUAAGCAGCGAGCACUUAACGAAACUCCACAAUCCCUCAGACAAACAGCACAACAACUGAAGCAAAGUUCUGAUGAUCUCAUUCAGAAGGCAGAAAACAUCGAAAAGCUCUCAGGCAAAGCUGAAUAUGUCGAGCGUUGGAGCGCUGACUCACUUCGAAAACUUCAGAAAGAAACUGGAGCAGAAGCUACUUCAAAUCAGAGCUUGAAACGUGCUGGUGAGCUGUUGAUGUUCCGAGAAGACAGAUCAGGCACAUUGGAUGCUCCAACAGCAAGCAAUCAGAUACAUUUUGAGACCACUCCUGAAAUGGAGCUAACACUACCACGUUCAGUUAAAGAGGCCUCGAAGCAAGAAAAACGUCAACUUGUACCAGGGUCAUCGGGAAAGCCUACCACUCUACUUAUUCGUGGUGCUUCUAAUCCAAUCACUCAAACUUCUCCUAUCAAUCUUCCUUCUCUACCAUCAUCAGUAGUGGAGCAAGGAUGUAUCCACUCGGCUAAAGCAAGCAACUGUACAAGCGAUGGUGCCAGGGCCUCAAGUCCAAGGAAGGAAUCUUCGAGAAUUCGACGCCGAAACGUACCUUCUGCUCUUCAACAGGUCAAUCCCGAACAGGUUACUCUUCCAACUCUUUCACCACCAUCACAUCUACCUCCCAUUCCGAUGCCUAGCAGUCGUAAUCAACCACUCUCCCCUAGGGCUUAUCCGCUACGCCCCCCAUUUCCUGUCACACCACAACCUGAAAUUCUAAGUGCGAAGAGAACACCGGUGCCAAAAUUCUCGAAUAAAAAGGCCAGCACUAUGCCACAAGAGUCAAGUCAAUGCCUCCAUUGUAAAGUAUACAUGAAGAAAAUAAAGGUUUUGACUUUUGCUGUGGAGGGAUUUAUUAAAGAAUGCCCUACUCACAGUUGCAGCAAGAAAAGCGAAACACCCUACCGGAAGCGAUUUAUGUCAGUUUAAAUUAAAAGUGUACCCUUUAUUAUUAUAGUCUCACUCUUAUAAUAAAAACCCAUUAUUUUGUCCCUGCAUGUUUACUCAAAAAAGACAUUUUUGUAUACAUUAAUUUUUUGCAGUAGUAGUCUAUAAUCUUUUUGUGGAUCACUAUGUUCCAUGAAUGUGUUGUCAUGGUUUUCCUCAAAGUGUGA